AUGAUUGUCCCAGUUAGAUGUUUCUCCUGCGGUAAAGUUGUUGGUGACAAGUGGGAAAGUUACUUAAACUUGUUGCAAGAAGAUGAGCUAGAUGAAGGUACCGCAUUGUCAAGAUUAGGUCUAAAAAGAUACUGUUGCAGAAGAAUGAUUCUAACUCACGUCGACCUUAUUGAAAAGUUUUUAAGAUACAACCCAUUAGAAAAAAGAGAUUAG